AUGUUCUCAACGGCGACUCGCUCCUUUGUUUUCUGGGUUUUCCUUACAGUAUGGAGCGAGGAUGCCUUCGUAAUUGCCCUCGCCACCCCACCUUCUCCUCCUCCUCCUCCUCCUCCUCCUGCUGUCGUCACGCCGGGCCCAGCGUUCGAUCCGGCAGAUCUAGUCAAGAGGGGAUCCGGGCAGACAUGUGGUUUCAUCAGCGGCGACUCAAACUCACCAGUCACCUGCCUUGGGACAUCGACCUGUGACUACCGCAAGGGCUACUACUGGGGCUGUUGCGACGCCUCUACCUGCUGGAGCCCUGCGACAUGCGAGCCAGAGGGCCACUCAUACUGCGGUGGUGUUGCGUCUGACGCCUGUGUCUACACGCAGAUACAACAGUGCUCUGACGAUACUCCCUCGUGCGUAACAUAUAUCCUAUCCUCAAGCUACGGCGGCAGCAAGACCACCUCCUGGGCCUGCGGCGCCGCUGCUACUACAUACGACGUCCUAGCAGCCACGGUGCCGGAGAGUCAAGAGUCCACAGCGACGUCGGAUGUUAGUGGUACAGGAACACAAUCGGCUGCAGGGCAAAGCAGCUCAACAGGCACGGCGUCAACCUCCUCCAAGCCCACGAGCACAUCCUCAGGCGGGCUCAGCCCCAGCGAAAAGAUAGCCCUUGGCCUCGGAAUUCCAGGCAGCAUCAUCAUACCAAUCGCAGGAAUACUCGUUGGCUUGUGGGUACAGAAGCGGCAAAGGCGAAGGGAAGAGGCAAAGAAGGAGAAAGCGGAGAGGGAGUCCCACGCGAACCUGCAGAGCGCCUCGCAGCGUGGUAACAAUAACAGUGAGGCUAUCACGCUUUUGUAA